AUGAUGGUGGUGCCUGGAAAUGUCCCGGUCAUACAGCAGGAUCAUGCUUUGGAGCCAGCCUUAGGACGAGACUCCAUGGAGAACUCAGCCAUGGGCCCUGCCACGGCGCCGGCGCCCCAGGAGGUGGGUGCGGAGCUGGCGGAGGUGCGGAAGCUGCGGGAGCUGGUGAGGAGGCUGGAGAUGGAGAACCAGCACCCCAGGACCAAGAGCAGCAGGAGCGUGCUUGGGACAGUGCAGAGCGAGCUCCACACCGGUGUGGAUAACCACGGCUCUAGUCUUAAUGGGAUGGAGAUCAAUAACAGCAUCAAUGCCAUCACUGAGAAGCAGGAAUUGCAAAUCAUGGCAGAUCUGCACAGCCAACUAAGCAAGAUAAGGAAAGAGGCAGAAGACAACAACUGCUUCAAAAGAGAGAGAGAUGCCCAAACGCAACACAGUGGCAGCAGUGCCACUGAGGAAUUGUCAUCCAGCGUGUGUAAGGUGGAAGUGAAGGGCGAUGGUGACAUGAGGUGUUCCUCACGUACAGCCACGAGUGAUAGCACAGAGCUGACAGGAAAUGUGGUCCUUGCAGGUGUUGGUUCCUCAGUUAAAACAGAUGAACAAAAUCCCAGUGAGAAAUGUGGAGAAUCAGAAGGUCUGUCCAAUAACACGGAUCUGGAUGAAGUCAAAGUGUUAGAACUUGAAAAUUGCAACGAAGAAGAAGACUGUUGGCUCUACGUAUCCCCGAGGAAAUCUGUGGAUCAGAAAACGGCCUCACCUUUAAAAUGGUGCCGGCAGGGGCUGGAUACCCCCAGCCCCGAGACAGAGGUGGCCUGUCGGACGCUGCUGAGCAGGCUCGACCAAGCCAGUAGAUGGAAAAACCUGUAUUGCAGCCCGCUGGCAUCACCAAGCGCCCAUAAUCUGAAUACAGAGCCAGGCUCCUGUAGCAAUGCACUAAACUCUCCCGGGCAUCUCAAAUCGACUAACAAAGCACUACUAACCUGUGGCAGCUCAGGCUAUCUGAGCAUGCACUCUGCACUGAGCUCCCAGUCGUCCGUGGACAGCGAGCUGAGUACAUCUGAUGACUCCAUCUCUAUGGGAUAUAAACUGCAGGACUUGACUGAUGUCCAGGUCAUGGCACGCCUUCAGGAAGAAAGCCUCCGCCAGGACUGUGCCUCCAGCUCCGCGUCCGUGUCCCGGCGCAGCUCCAGCGCCUCCCUUCACUCCCUGCGCAGAGGGACCUACAGCGACCAGGAGUUCGACACGUACAGCCUGGAGGAUGAGGAUGACUACGACUGCUCCCUGUCGUACCGCAGCACGCACAGAUACUCACCGUCUCCGCUCAGUUCACCCCGGUGUCAGUCCCCUUCCUCCAGUGCAGAUUACAACAGGUCAUCCACCUCCCGGAUCCGUCCCCCGAGGAGAUCUGUGCAAAGCCCCAUGCAGGACCGGCUCAAGUAUGCCAACAGCGAGGAGGAGAUGCGGCACAGCAUGCCCAACCUGGCCAGGACUGGCCUCCGCUCCUUGGAGUCCGUAAGGAGCAGUCGGAGCUUGGAGUCGGACCUGCAGGUGCCAAGCAGUCGAAUUCCCAGAACCCAGCAGCGGUCAGCAGGUCUGGCUCCCGGUAAGCUCAGGUAUUCCUCCAGUGCUGGGCAGUCUCCUUUGACAGUGCGGCAGCCGAUGAAGGCAGGGGCGUGCACAAACUCUCUCCUCACACCCAGGCAGCCAGUGAAAGCCUGCAGUUACACAGGUCCUGUCAGUGGCGUUCGAAAGCCACAGGCGUCUUCACAGCUCCACACAGGCUCUUCCAGCAGCACUUGCACUACCAGAAGCAGUAACAUGGUCACUGUGGCAAAAAACUCACCCAUCAAAGCCCGCACGUCUGUUGGGGGGAUCUCGGUGCCCAAGAACAAGGCAACGCCACCAUCCCGGAGGUUUCCACAGGCAGCACAGACCACGGAGGAUGAUUCCUGGAAGGAUGGGUGCUACUGA